AUGGUGCAAAUCCAGAGACUUACACCUUUGCCUUCUCCACCAUUUACUCUUCCACCAGAGACCAAGCCUCCCCUGGUAACAGAUGAAGAGGAAGAACAGGAGGAGGAAGCUCCAUUACAUUUCUCCUCUUCUUCCCCUGAUGAGGCUCUCAUGACUCCUAUUGCUGCUGAUGACUUAUGGUUAUACAGUUACACAUGUGAUGUCUUCAGGUGGGGCUAUGUGCUAAAACUGCUUUCAAAAUGGUGGCAGGGAGGUGGCUUAAGUGCUGCUGUGGGUUAUCCACUGGAUACAGUAAAGGUGAGAAUUCAGACAGAGAGGAGCUAUAAUGGAAUUUGGCACUGCAUUCGAGAAACAUACAAAGCAGAGAAAGCCUGGGGAUUUUACAAAGGCAUGUCACUGUCAGUUUCCACAGUGUCGCUUGUUUCUUCUUUUUCAUUUGGGGCAUACAGAAACUUCCUUUAUAACAUCUGCAGAUUAAGAUAUGGCACUUCAGACGUGAAGCCAUCAAAGGUGGAUAUUUCCGUUGCUGGAUGUGCUACUGGUGCUGUUCGGGUGGUGCUAAUAUCGCCUACCGAAAUAGCCAAAGUUCGAAUGCAAACUCAGAAGCAAUCACAUUACUCAGUUACAGCUUCUCACCUCUCCAAGCCAAAGUAUCAAGGACCUGUGCAUUGUCUGAGGAUGAUAGCAAAGGAGGAAGGUUUUAGGGGUUUAUACAAAGGUUGUUCUGCAUUACUGUGCAGGGACUGCCACUCAUUUGCAACGUAUUUCCUAACCUAUAGUAUCCUGUGUGAUUGGUUUACUCCAGCUGGAAAAAAUAAACCAGACAUACUGACUGUGCUUCUUUCUGGUGGCUUUGCUGGUGUGUUUGGCUGGGCCGUAGCUACUCCUAUGGAUGUAAUUAAAUCACGGAUGCAAGUAGAUAACUUGGGACAGCGCAAGUACAGAGGACUCAUACACUGCAUCCGAGUAAGUGUGAAAGAAGAUGGAAUAAGAGUUCUUUUCAAAGGACUUGGAUUAAACUGCAUUCGUGCUUUUCCAGUGAACAUGGUGGUGUUUGUAACAUACGAAGCUGUAAUGAGACUUGCAGAAGCUCUUAUGAAGUAAAAGCAUGUUACAUCACUCAGUUCUAAGGUGGCUGCUUCCUUUGAGAAGACUUUUCAUGUAACCAAACACUCAAACAACAGUCCACCAACGGAGGUCUUGUCAAGUUGUCUUGUCAAGUUGUCUCCUACUUUUGUAAAAACUUGAUCAAACUUGUGUAGCACCUCUCUCCUCCUGGUUAACUAUUUUAGUGGAAAUCUCACAGGUUUUAAUGGACAGGCCUGAGUUUUUCUGGAUCCUGCCUCAGCUCAGUAGGGUGUAACUUCUGUAUUCCCAUAUGAAUUUAUUUGACAGUGCCUCCACCCUCCCCUUGCUCCUUUCACCAGGGCAGCUUGCAAGUACAAUUCUAACCAUGGAUAACCCCCACUUACUUGCCAACUCCCAAGAAAUAACACAAACACAGUAAUCCUGUUAAACAGGAAGUAAAUGUAACAGGGUAAAACACUACUCUCAGGAUCAUCAGUUCCCACACUGAUAAUAUCUGUCAAGUUCCCCAGUCAUGUGACCUGAUAUAGCAACUGUAAAAUUAGUGUCCCCUUUAUACGUGCACUUUGUAGGGGCCCUUGACCACGCUAUGGUCUGUAGCAGCAAUUAGCAUCUUGGCUGACUUGGCUUAGUGCAGCCCAACAGCCUCAUACUUGGGAUAAGCUGCUAAGCCCCUCCACAGGUUAAUAAGCAGGGUUUUUCCCAACAAAGCCCUCUCAACUGGGAGUUGCCUGGAAGAAAGGGCCAAGCUGAUGGAUUCUGCAUCCAGGUCCCCAGAGACCGGUUCUCAGCUGAACCCUGCAUGCAAGCCUGGGUCUCACCAGCUGCUCACACUGCCAGUCCUGCCCUUUUUGUGUCUGGCUCCAGACUGCUCCAACAUAGCUCCUCCCCCUUCCAGGGCUCCCAGGGGCAGGCAUCUCCCUUCCUAUUGGUCCAACUAGUUAUUCUUCCUGAGGUUGCACUUGCCAAUCAUUUGACUCUGCCGCUCUCCUUGCUCUCAGACAUGGCCUCCCCUGCCAGCAGGCACCAUGCUGUCUUCCCUGGGACAACAGGGGUACCUGGACACUCAGUGUCUCUCCUCUCUCCCUCUCUGUUGCCUAGAAAAAUAAAAACUGGUCUUCACUCCACAUGCAUGAUUAAUAAAACAAACCAGCCCACUUUUGCUGUAAGUCUAACACUGUACACUGUGUAUGUACCACAGAUACAGGUAAAUCACAAAUAUACCAAGCAAAGUGUUUUUGAGGUGUGAAUGCUGGGAUCCAGGAACUGACAGUUCUGUUUUGCUUAACAUUGCCUUGACCAUGAGCUAUUAAUUGCAACUUUAAUUAUCAGAGAACUAUUUCUUCUGAUAAAUUAUCCAGGCUGAAGGCCAGUCAGCACAAGGAAGACAACACAUUUGCCAUGCUGAUUACCAAACAUAUUUUGCCAGAAACUGCGGCUUUCUGUGUAAACAAACCUCUUUUGUAACAUGAAGUUAAUGGCCUUACACUUAAAGCAGUGUUGCGGUAGAGGGGCCAGUCUGCUGCAUAUAUUUUUGUCUUUCCAUUUACUUCCUGUCUCUGAGGCAAUGUUCUCAACUAUUGCCGUGUGGUUUCCAGGGUGUAUCACACUAAGAAGUGAGGCAAUUUAGCAAGGCUAGUCACAAGGAGUAUUUGUCAUUCUCAGCCACUCUUCAUUCUGGAGAGCCAUAGUUUCAUUUUUGAGUUCCUCUUGUCAUGCCAAACCUCCUGAGACACUGCAGCAAUAGCUUUGAUAGCUUUCAUACCCUUAACUUCUCCCACA